UAUCAACAACGUGGCGGUGCUGGACAGGGGAAAGUAGUCGUUUGGUUUUGUAAUAUAGUGAAGACGGUGGACAUUGUAGAUUUAGGUUUUUUUCCAAGUUUCACAAUAAUGUCCUCCUGUUAGUUUGUGGUGCAGAGUACGUGUACAGAGGACGCUGUGUCCCCAGCUGCUGCGCGCGGAACAGUAAGAACUGAUGGGACAUUGAACGUGUGGGGAGAUCGCGCGGGGUUUCGCCGUUUAGAACCGGACCCGGGGAGUGGCGGCCGGCGAACCCUCUCACGCUGGACUUUCAGAGACUCUGUGUUAAGGGCAGACACAUGGCCGUGUCCGUGGGCGCCCGGGGUUGUCCCGUGCGGACGCGAAUUUUUACUGGCGUGGUGGCGGAGGUGGGCGCGCGGACCCCCCGCCGAGCCCACGCGCUUCCACGAAGACAGGCCACCAGCAGAUACUUGUCAUCAUGCCAUAUUCUGAUGACCAGGACUCCCACAAUGAUUUGCUGUCUGAGCUGCAAAAUGGUCCCAGUUACCUCUAGUCGGGGCUUUAUUAACCUUACCAACAAGAGGAAAGAGUACUCCGAGCGUAGAAUACUGGGGUAUUCAAUGCAGGAGAUGUAUGACGUGGUGUCCAACGUUGAUGACUACAAGCUCUUUGUCCCUUGGUGUAAAAAAUCCCAGACCAUCAUGAAGAGGCCUGGUCACUCCAGGGCUCAACUGGAGGUGGGCUUCCCACCAGUUGUGGAACGUUACACAUCCAUGAUCACUAGUGUUCGUCCUCAUCUUGUCAAAGCAGUGUGCACCGAUGGCAAACUCUUCAAUCACCUGGAAACAAUAUGGCGCUUUAGCCCAGGCAUCCCUGGUCAUCACAGGACCUGCACCGUUGACUUCUCUAUCUCCUUUGAGUUCUGCUCCCUGCUGCAUUCCCAGCUGGCCACCAUGUUCUUCGAUGAGGUGGUCAAGCAGAUGGUGGUGGCGUUUGAGCAACGUGCUUACGAGCUAUAUGGUCCGGAAACACGGAUCCCGCGAGAGCUCAUGUUCCACGAGGUGCACCAGACAUGAUCCAAACCUCUCGGCACAUGACUCAGUUGGUGAUCUUUCAUCCCGCCAUAUAGAACACCCUGUCUUAUACCCAUGGACUGGUCUAACCAAAGAGUACUGCUUUGCCUUUUAUUUCAGUGCCAACAAAUACAGCUCCUGUAUUUUCAAAGCUUGAAGAUGGACCAUUUAGACUGCAGCUGUCCAACACUGCACUGGGAGUUCCAAGGGCCUGUUUCAGGAACUAAAUAUUUAUCACAGUUACUGGGGGUGCAGUGGAACCUGGCCCUUUGAAAAUACCUUUACUUCUGUAAUCAUUCGGAACUGGUUAUUCCAUUAAUUACAAUAUUGGUUCUGCAUUGCAGAUACUUUAUCCAAAGCAACAUACAUACCUUAAAAUAUUUUCAGUUCAUAUUGCUGGAUAUUCCAGUGAAUAAACUGAGGUGUGUUUGUGCUUUUUUCAGGGGAUACAAAAGCAUUAGUCUUAGCCAUUAAACUAGGGGUUAAUCAGUCCUCAAGAGACAGUUGUAUAAGCAUUAGAAUAUAGUUAUAUAUUUUAUACCAAUACGUGAUUUUCACUUAGAGUCCCAGAUAGGCGACUUUGUUCCCGACUGAAGGAUUACUCUGCUAAAGCAACUGGUAGUUAAGGAGUUGCGCUGAAGCGCUUUAGACCACAGGCUGUGCUCUUUUUUCCUUUUGGUCUCAGCCUCUGAUUGACAGAGGUUGGACUGCAUUCCCUCCGAAUCCCUUAGCUGACAUGCAGGACUGUACUGCUUGAUGACCGUACUGUCCCAAACCUGCUUUAAAGAUGAAUAGCUGAAUAGGUAUACAUUUUAUAUCGCUAUUUGCUUUGUAGUCAUGACUAAAAGAGGGGUUCCAAAUUUGAGAAGUAUACAUUUUUAAUGUAUUUAACAUAUUCUAUGCGGUGAUGGUGAUGUAAGUUUUCAGUGAUGUAUAUGUUACAUAUCUUAUGUUUCUGGUUUUGUUAAGGGAAUAUCUUCGUUGAUCUCUUCGUUAUUCACACCCUGCUGAAACUUUAAUCACAAAAGGUUUUUUUUCUGUGAGAUGAAGGAGUUGAACAGCAAGGACACAUGGUUUUGGUCUGAGUCAAUGCAAUUCCACUUCAUAGGAAUUUAAGGUAGAGAUGUUUCCAGUCUGAAAUGAUGGGGACUCAUUUUUCACACAGGUAGCUUUUGGCUUGAUGGCAGAGAAUGUGUAGCAGUUCAGUUGGGAAGUGCGGUAGAUGCACCUUUUCGUGGUGUCACCCCGGAUCCAUCCUGACGAACACGCGGUCUGCUCUGCACCUCUAAGGUCAUUAGAGUUGAGUUGUCUAAAGUGCAGCCUGCUGUUUCAUGUAACGUGGCCUACACGAACAUUUGUAAUAUUAUAAUGUACUGUAGCGUUAUGUGCUCUGGGUGCGAAUGGGGCAAGGAAGGACGCACACACAGUGUUCAUUAUGAACGUUUGCUGGAACGCGAACACAGUGAGAGGUUUCAGCACGAAUACAAGAAAAUAAUGCUCUCGUUCCAAAGAACCCUUGUGCUCAAGGACCUGCACCUCAAGCGAGCCUUCCCAGCCUGCUUAGCCCUUCUCAAGCUUUUCUUUACCUUUACACACUGUCCAACAGGCACACUCCCGCUUAUAAUCCCCGUCAUCCUCCACGGCAGUUGCCCCGCUAUUUCCAACUAUUUCCGAUAAACGUCUCUUCCCGCCGGAACUUAACACUCCUCAGUAACGCAGGUUGUUACGUACUAUAUCUAAGUGUUAUAAAUUCUAUUAAAUCAUGUGAUGGAGUUACACACAUGACCACACACCACACCUAAAUAAAAUACAGUGCAAUAUAAUACAAUUUUUUCAGUUUAGACAUUUAAGAUUCAGUAUGUUACUUAACAUCAUUCUUACAUGAUCCACCCUUGAACUCGUUCACAAUAAUGAUUGUAGCCCUUAGCCAAAAAGGCUGGACAGCCGUUUUAGACGGAAGAUUUCCUUGUUGUUACACAAUAACUAUAAUCUAUUUAUGAAAGAAACAGCUGUUACAAUGCAGUUUUGCUUUUAAGUGUGACAUUUAAUUGAUGGCCACUUUUAAUUAAAAUUUCAGUUGAGGACGAAUGGGUCCAAAGACACGCAAACACAGUGCGGUGCUUAGUGUUAUUGGCACUGAAAUAAAUCACAUCUACUUGUGGACUAUUCUUUCCUGUUUGAGUGCAGCUCUUCAUUCUCAGAGGUAAAUCAGUGUGACUUGGAACAUGUCACACACCUAAACUGCACAAGCUUCUUAACUGUGUCUUGUUGGUUAGUGGUUGUGCAAAUAGCAUUUUUUACAGCAUGUUGACUUUGUUGUUUUAAGGUGUGGGUGGCUGUAUCAUGAGUUGAGACACUGAUCUCCAGUCAUCGAUCGCCACAACGGUGCUGGUUUUAUUUCUACCUCUCCUACUAGUUGGGUCACUGAAGUUAUUUGCACAGGACCUAGUGUCACCUGGUUUCCACACACUCCGUGUGUUUUUCCAUGUGUGGACACAGAAUUUCAGUCACCUAAAAACUGUAGUGAACAGUGUCCUUAACCACAGCUGUGGAACCUUUCUUCUUGCAUAAACUGCAGUGUCACUCCGGGGAAGGUUUCCCAUUUUGUGAGAUGUUGAAAAAAGGGAUGUUUGCCAGGAAAAAAAAACUGCUUUCAGUUGCUUACUUCCAGGACUGUGAACAACAUGUGACUAUUUAUAACUGGAGACUAAUGGAAUCAGUGACACUGAAAUAAUGCCUUAAUAUAUGUAUGAAAAUCUGGCCCUUUUACUUUUGUUGAUGCUUUAUGUGUCACCUGGUCACACUUUCAUUUUUUAUAAAAGAAUUCCCAGCUUUCCUGUUUGUAUGACAAGUAAAGGUAUGUAAGUGAUUAAAUUACCUAUAUACUAAUAGUUGAAGAUUUCUGAAUUAGUGGAAAUAUUCAUUGAUUAAUUAGAACAACUGGCAUAUUAUAUGUAAAAACAGUUUUUAGUAAUUCACCACAUGGAUCAGGGAAGUUAAAAAUGUGGUAUUCCUGAGAAAUCAUGGGGGGAUUCCUUUUAUUUGCACCUUAGAUGACUUUUCAAAAGUGUUGUAUUUGAUAUUGAUUACUUGUGGAGUGGCUGAACAGUUUCUUAUUAGCAGUGUAUUUAUAACCCAUCUUUGACAGAAGAUACCUUUUUCGUCCAUUUAUCACACUCAGGCACAGGAAUCACUCGAGUUGUUACCCUCUGAUGGGAGGUAUGUGUACAUAGUCUUGUUGGUCUUCUGUGGAUUCAGAAACACUGCAGCUGAACAAAUGCAGCUACUGAGCAGCAAAUGUACACCUCAAUGUUUUGAUCUAGAAAAAGUGGCAGGAAAAUCUCUUACCGGUACUAUGCUGAAAUAUGCUUGAUAAAAUUCAGUGCUGUGGCCCGUAGGGGUAAAUAAAGGUAGAUUUUUGUGUGCGCGCCAAUAAAAGGAUUAAAUGGGUGUCCAGUAAAUGUAAAUGUGCCUUCUUCCUAGAAAGUGAAAUUCUUUGUCCUUUACUUUA